GAUAAUGUUCUGAACAUCAUAAACCAAAUCAUGGAUGAAUGCAUUCCACACGAACGGGCAAACCGAGACUUUUGUGUGAAGUUCCCAGAGGAAAUACGCCAUGACAACCUUGCAGGACAGCUUUGGUUUGGAGCAGAGUGUUUGGCUGCUGGUUCAAUUAUUAUGAAUCGUGAAAUUGAGAGUAUGGCUAUGAGGCCCUUGGCCAAGGAUCUGACUCGAAGCCUAGAGGAAGUCAGAAAUAUCAUUCGUGACCAGGCCUUAAGGGAUUUGAACCUCUACACAGAAAAAAUGAAAGAUUCCCUCAAGCAUUUUGAUGUUCUCUUUGCUGAGUUUGAAUUAAGUUAUGUGUCAGCCAUGGUACCGGUGAAGUCUCCAAAAGAAUACUAUGUACAGCAAGAAGUUAUCGUACUGUUCUGUGAAACUGUGGAGAGAGCCUUAAGGCUUGGAUACCUCACUCAAGAUAUGAUAGAUGACUAUGAACCAGCUUUAAUGUUUACAAUUCCAAGAUUAGCCAUUGUAUGUGGCCUUGUUGUCUACUCGGAGGGACCAUUAAACUUGGACCAUAAACCCGAAGAUAUGUCUGAACUCUUCAGACCUUUUCACACUUUGCUAAGAAAAAUAAGGGAUCUCCUUCAGACACUGACUGAGGAUGAACUGCACACACUGGAACGUAACCUGUGCAUCUCUCAAGAUGUAGAUUUUCCUGUCAGAGCAGACCCUGAAGUUCCCUCUGUCAUUGCACCAGGCAUAAGUGCAACUCUGCCUUCUAAGGAACUUUCAGCAAAAGCUGAGAACACAGAGGCUGAGCUGGCUUGUUCCAUGCAGUAUGAUGAGCAGGAGCUGGAGCAGCUGAACAGGAUGGUACACAGAGUUGGCGAUGAAAUGUCUUCUCUGCUUUCCCCUCCAAGCAUCUGUCAGUCUCCAGCUCACAGACCUAGCCUAAGAAAUAGUUCUAGCACAGAAGCUUCACCAACAAGACACCAUCUUGACAACUUAACUGAUGAAGAGGACAGAGUGUUUUUUAUGGAUGACCUAGAUGGAGCAGGAGAAGCUCUGGCUGGGUUGGAUUCAGUAAGUGAUACUUUUGCUUGGGUGAAUAACCCUUGCCACGAUGCAAAACAGAACCUGCAAUACAGAGAUGCUUUGCUUUAUGAGAAUGGCCAUCAGACAGAGGAAACUUUGCUUUUAAAAGAUGCUGAAAGCGACUUAAGCAAUAAUAACAAUGUUGAAGAUGGAAAGCAGAUGUCUGGCAUUUCAGUUCCAAAUUCAUGCAGCUGUCUAGAAGGCCCAGACUCACAGUUAUACCUCAAUGGCUGGGAUGCGUAUGCCGACGAUGCAGAAACAGCAGAAGUGAUAGCGCACAGGACAGGGGGAAUGAAAAUAUCUGCUACUGUAAUAUUCAAUCCUAAAUCUCCUUCUAGCUCAGAAUCCCCAGUAACUACCCCAGAAGCAGCUAUUAGCUGUGUUCCUGGAUCUGCUAAUCCAUUAGCAAAUGAGGAGGAGGAUGAAUCCCAUAAACUCAGUAUAGCUGCCACAAACUGUCUAAUUAAUUCCUGUGUGUGUUGUGGCAGCUGUGAAGACAGCAGGGAGGACGGUGUUGAAGGUUUAAAGACUAAACAUUCUGCAGGAGGUGUUGUAAAUGCUUCAUACACAUUAGUAAAGUCUAAGGAAAUGGACCAUGUAGAUAACUUGGACAAUUCAGUCCCUGAGCAGGAAACAUUAAAACCUGAAACUUCUGCUUUGUUAGCAGAAAGAGACUUUGGCAGUGAAGAGCAAAAACUGCCAAUCUCCUCUAAGUGCCUGGCACAUUCCUCAGGUUCACAGGUAGGAGCAGAAAGUGACUCCCAGGGAGAAGCAGAAAGCAUCUCAAAUCAGCAGAAGAAGUGGGAGAAGAGAAAACAACUGUGUGAUAAAAAAAUGGACUACAGUGAAGAUGCUAGUAGUGAAAGGACAGCAAAGGAAGAUGUAAAGUCAAGAUCUAGUUCAAGUUCUCAGGAUGGCUUACGUGAUUCCCCCCUCAGCUCCAUCUCCAGCAGUGACUAUGAGAGUGUUUCUGUCACUACAUGUAGUCUCUCCAGCAUAUACGCUCUGAGCAGUUUAAUGACAAGUUCUUGUUCAUCUGAUGACAUCGAUCAGGAAGAAAUCCAGCUUGCUUUGCAGGCUGCCAAAAUUGCCACUCGAGAGAAGAUCAGAUCUAGAUUUCAUGGCAGUAAUGAUCUUAUUCACCGCCUUUUUGUCUGUAUCUCAGGUGUUGCUGACCAGCUGCAGACAAACUAUGCUAGUGAUCUGAGAAGUAUCUUAAAGACCCUGUUUGAAGUUAUGGCAACCAAACCUGAAACAGAAGACAAGGAAAAGCAGAAGAAAGUUAAUCAUGGUUUAAGGAAUGCAGCAUUGGAAGACUGUGCUUUAUGCCAAGAAAGUAUAUCAUCCUCAGAACUUGCAGCAAAAGCCAGAGAUGGGGACUUUGAAGAUCCUCCUGACUGGGUUCCAGAUGAAGUCUGCAGCUACUGCACUGCAUGCAAGGCUCCUUUCACAGUCAUUCGCAGGAAGCAUCACUGUCGGAGCUGUGGCAAGAUCUUCUGUUCCCGCUGUUCGUCCCACUCUGCUCCAUUACCUCGUUAUGGCCAGAUGAAGCCUGUCCGUGUUUGCACUCACUGUUACGUGUUCCAUGUCACUCCUUUCUAUAGUGACAGAGCUGGUAUCUGA